ACGGCAAUGGCAGCUGCGCUGAGGAGUUGGGCACGGCGACAUGGACCGCGAGGGAGACGCUCCAUGCACGACUUUCGAGACAAAAGCAGGCCAUGCACCAGUCCAUCCUUGAACGAGGCAGUCGCAUGGACUCCCGAAUCCUUUGCUAUGUACCUUGAUGGAACUGUGGGUCCAUUUAUCGCAUAUGUGUUCGGUCGUCUCCGGACAUUGUAUCCAGAGACCAAGGCUGGUCCAUGCUACCUACGAUUCUUGGAGAAGAUGUAUCUCAAGAACGCGCCGGCGUGGGGAGUGCAUGGAGUGGAGUAUCAAUGCCAAGACGUCGACGAGUACGACCGACUGACCCAAUUCGUCUUGCCGACCCUCGGCGAUCAAGAUGAACAGUCGGAGGGAACAUUCAAAUUACAUGCACCCAUCGCAUACGCGUCUGACAUGGUGACCUCCGCCGUCCCAGCGAACCCACUGCGCCUCAUCCAUGCGAUGCCGCCAUCGCCGUUGACACGAUCAAGAGGAUUAACUGGGACCAUCGUGCACGUUCCGUAUCCGCUACUCGACUUGAUCAAAGCGCAACCGACGCCCAAUUCCAUCGAAUGGGUGCUGGACAACAGAGUGCUGGGGCUGCCAGACGAUCCCGACAACCCCCAUCGACCGCCCUCGGCCGUGAUUCAGCUCUCGUACGACUACCGAGUCGUGUUUGAGCACCAUGCCCAGGCUUGACUGCGGCGUUUUCUCAAACGCAGGUGCCGCGACGCCAAGUUUGGGCUCCCCAAGACAUGCUCGCCCCACUCGACCUUCGAUCUCGUCACGUGAGACGAGGAGCGCAUGCGAACGCGCUUCUCGCUCGAGUAUAACCAAUUCUCCAGUAGAGACAUAUCGUUGCAUCAUGGACCUGGGAACGUGACCCGGCAUUCGAUUGCUGGGCAUCGAUGACGCAAACGGAGGGGGGCC